ACGCGCAGCAGAUACCCGCGUGGGGCGUCCACCUCUCCAUCGUAGAAAUAUGAUCUCAAACGCCUCUCUCUGAAUAUUAUUGGAUCUAGGGUUCUGGGUUUCUUUUUCCACUCUAGUCAAAUUGUGAUCAAAUCAAGUGGUUGUGGUUGCUCCACCGUUUGCUUCAAUCCGAUCUCUUUUAACGCCAAUGCCUCCUCGCGCAUCUAAGCGAAAAUCUGCCCCACCCAAUUCCUCAUCCGUCACAUCAUCCGACGGUCGUUCUGUCUUAAAUAAAGCUAAAACAAAGGGGAUGGAAAAAUUAGAUCGGUUGUUCAAUACGUAUGCAAAUAGUUCCUUAGGCAUGAUUGAUCCAGAAGGUAUUGAAGCACUAUGUGCAGAUCUAGGAGUGGACUACACUGAUGUGAGGAUAUUGAUGCUUGCUUGGAAAUUAAAAGCUGAAAAACAGGGAUAUUUUACACAGGAUGAGUGGCAAUCUGGCCUGAAAGCAUUGGGCGUUGAUUCACUUAGCAAACUAAAAAAAGUACUUCCUGAACUGGAGAAAGAGGUGGAAAAGCCAUCGAAUUAUGAGGAUUUCUAUAUCUAUGCCUUCCGAUACUGCUUGACAGAGGAGAAGCAAAAGAGUGUGGACAUUGAAAGCAUCUGUGAGUUGUUGAACCUUGUUCUAGGGGUCCAAUUUCGUCCUCAGGUUGAUUCACUGGUUGAAUAUCUGAAGGUCCAGAAUGACUACAAAGUAAUAAAUGCAGACCAAUGGAUAAAUUUUUUUCGUUUUUGCAAAGAGCAGAUUAGCUUUCCAGAUCUGGAAAACUAUGAUGAAACCCAAGCAUGGCCCUUGAUUCUUGAUAAUUUUGUCGAAUGGAUGAGAGAAAACCAAAGCUAGUGUAGGCAUCUUUCUUAUGUCUUGCAAAUUCAUAAGGACAAGACCUUGUGGGAAACAUAACCGCAUCAACCUUGGAGUUGGUUCAUAUCAUGACUGAUUUUACUGAACCAGUUUCUCCUGGUUAAGUUAAAG